AUGGCGAAAGGAACACGUUCGCUGGCUGAUCAGCUGGCUGAUUUUGAAGACCCUACACCUAAGGAUUUUGACCCCGAGGACAUCGAGAACGGUGGCCAGUCAAGCGAUGACGACGAUGUCGAGACGCCUGAUGAGAACGCAGGACGGGAGCAUUAUCAAGCUGUGGGCAAAGGAAAACUCCGCAAGGAAGACCCCGUCGCCCUAGGAAAACAAUACGAAGGCGCCCAUGUCAGCAGAGACGCCCUAGGCGCCGACAGCGAUGAUGACCCUUUCGCAGCUCGCUCCGAUGAAGACUCCGGCUCCGAGGAGAGCGGAUCUGAAGAAGGUUCAGAUCUAGGCUCUGAAGCGGAUUCAGAAGAAGCAGGCGACGAUGACGAGGAUGAAUUGGAUCAGGGGAACUCUGAUGAAGACGACGAGGACGAAAGCGAGGAAUCUGAGGAGGAGGCGCCACGCCCGAAGAAGUCAAACAAGAGCAAGAAGAGUGUCGAAAUAAGUGUCCCCACCUCGGGUGAUCGCGAUGAACUCCGCAGAUUGAUGGCCACAGACCAAAAGUCCAUUGCCGCGACGAUUUCUUCAGCAGCCAAGGCCGAUGCCACCAAGGGCAAGGCCGUUAAGGAGCAACGUGCUACCUUCGAUGCCUUACUGAACACCCGUAUCAAGCUCCAGAGUGGAUUGACGGCUGUGAACAGCAUCGCUUCUUUGGAAUCUAACGAAAGAGCAGACGGCGAUGACGAGAUGGUUGACGAGGAAGCUAUCAAGUCAGCAGAAUCAGCAGCCCUCGCAUUAUGGUCGACUCUCGAAGGUCUGCGAUCUGCCUUGGCCGACGCCAACUCCAAAGACGACAGCAAGAAGCGCAAGAGACCUUCCCCCACCUCCACCACCACUGCCACCGCCUCUCUCUGGGAGCGUAUGUCCGAAUUGGAAUCUGAAUCCCUCUCCCACCGCCGCUCCAUCCUCGACAAAUGGUCCUCCAAGGUUCGCGGCACCUCCGCAGCUGGCCCCAACUCCCGAGGCAAGCUCCUUGGCGCUGCAGGCCGUCAGCAAACCAUCACAGCUGUCCUGGACGCCCAAAUCGCAACAGAGAUCGGCGAACGAUCCUCCAAGCGCGCCCGCUUUUCCGACGAGCAAGAACCCCUCUACGACGACGGCGCUUUCUACCAGUCCCUUCUGCGCGACCUCGUUGAGCAGCGCAUGUCCUCCUCCGAGGCUAUGACCAACGGUCUCGAUUUGCACCACUUGCCAUCCCGCCUGCCGAUCCACCCUGUCACUGGUAUGCGCAACGACAAGGUCAAGCGAGACGUCGAUACCCGCGCCUCCAAGGGCCGUAAGAUGCGCUACACUGUCCAUGAGAAGCUGCAGAACUUCAUGGCCCCAGAUGAUCGGGCGUCGUGGACCACGCGCGCGCGUGAUGAGUUCUUCGCUUCUCUUCUUGGUCGAACGGCUAGUGGUGUUCUUGGUGAGGGUGAUGAGAGUGGCAGCGAGGCGGAGGAUGACCGUGAGGAAGGUGGUUUGCGACUGUUCCGAAACUAG